AACUCCGGGUGUGGGGCUGUCAGCGUUUCUUCGGUACCCAGCUACUAUCACUAAGUGUACCGGUAUUUCGUGCUGCGAUGGGGAAUACAAGCUACCUUAGCUAGGUCUCAGAUUGACAACCUUGGUAGAUAAUUCCAGCCACCAGGUCAUCGUUCCCCUUAUCGUUGCCUCGCCGUGAAGCGGGAUACAUUCUAAUUGGUCGAUACAAGUCUUCCUCUAUUUCUCCUGCAUGCCAGUGUAGCUCUCCAUCCUGUUGCUAGGAAAGCAAUGGCAUCAUCACCAUCGCGGGCAGCUGUGCAGAUUCUGCAGAAGCGGGUUUGCACCAAAGGACUUCAGCCGCAAGCUCGCCCACUAAGCUUGCCGACUCCUCGACUAGUAAUCCGUUUGUCACGGCGGGCCAAUCACACGUUCCGCAACAGCCCGCUGACGGGACCCUGUAGGACAGUCAGGAACAGCGCAAACAGCACACCCGGCACACCCAGCGCAACCCCUCCUCCCCCUCUAUCUCUGGCUCUGGCCCUGUCGUACCGCCCCGCCCCCUCCUCGUCCGCCGUCCGCACCGUUGUCGCUAUCAGUCCCAUGGCACCAGUCUUAACUCGUAGAUUUAAUCAAUUGCAUACGCUACCUGCAGAAGCCCUCCCCUCCUCCUCCUCCUCCUCUUCCUCUUCUUCACUGUCUUCACCGUCAGCACUCUCAUCACCUCCCGUUGGCACUUCUCCGGCCGCCAACAUAGCAUCCCGACGCUCAGCCCAGCUUGCUCGACACUUCUCGAGCUCCCCUUCGUCGUCCUUCAACCCUGUUUUGCACACGUCUAUCUCCGAUCUGACGAAAAUGGCCUCCCCUUACACCACUCGCAAGGUGGCCGCCCCCAACACCUUGGAGCACCGUGUUUACAUCGAGAAGGAUGGCGUUCCCGUCUCCCCCUUCCACGACAUCCCCCUCUAUGCCAACGCCGAACGUACCAUUCUCAACAUGAUUGUUGAGAUCCCUAGGUGGACUAACGCUAAGCUCGAGAUCUCCAAGGACGAGCUUCUCAACCCCAUCAAGCAGGAUGUCAAGAAGGGCAAGCUUCGAUUUGUCCGGAACUGCUUCCCUCACAAGGGUUAUCUAUGGAACUACGGUGCCUUCCCCCAGACUUGGGAAGACCCUAACUCUGUUCACCCGGAGACUAAGGCCAAGGGUGACAACGACCCGCUCGAUGUCUGCGAGAUUGGUGAACUCGUCGGCUACACUGGUCAGAUCAAGCAGGUCAAGGUCCUAGGUGUUAUGGCUCUGCUCGACGAGGAGGAGACUGACUGGAAGGUCAUUGUUGUUGACGUCAAGGAUCCUUUGGCUUCCAAGCUCAACGACGUUGAGGAUGUCGAACGUCACCUCCCCGGUCUUCUCCGUGCUACCAACGAGUGGUUCCGUAUCUACAAGAUCCCCGAUGGAAAGCCUGAGAACCAAUUCGCCUUCACCGGUGAAUGCAAGAACAAGGCGUAUGCCAUGGACGUCAUCCACGAGUGUGGCGAGGCUUGGGAAAAGCUCAUUACUGGCAAGACAGCCUCAGGUGGUAUCUCAACCACCAACUUGACUGUCUCCCAAUCUCCCAGCCGCGUUACCCCCGAUCAGUUGCCUCCUAUCCCUCCUAAUGAGAACCUGGCCCCUGAGCCUAUUGACAGCUCAAUUGACAAGUGGUUCUUCAUUAGCGGCGCUGCUAAUUAAGCUUGUCAUGUUCAUAGUAGACAAAAGUUUCUCCGCACAUAUUCAGCACAAAAAUACCAGCGUGGGCAGAACCACGAAAUGCAUUGUCAAUUCAAUACAGAUAGUUCGAUCUGAAGCCACAUAGACUCUAUUCCAAAGAAAGGGGACACUGGGGACUUUCGUAGGCCAAAAUUCACUAACGUAUUUGCAAUCGUAAAUUCUUUGAUCCAAA